AUGGCGGAAUCAUGGGCAUGGGAGCCUUCGAAGAAACCUACUGCGAAGGAGCUGCGGACUAGCCAGCAAGUGAAGGACUUCGCCAUCUGUGUUGAGUGCCUUCUUAUUGCUGUCGACGAAGGUUGCCUCUGUUGUGGGAACAACUCUGCACUUAGUUUCCUCUUCUUCUCUCCAAGCUCACCGCUCCUCGCUGCACCUCCCUCUCCGAGAAGACGCAGUUUCCGAGUGCCGCCGACGAGGCCAGAAUAUCAACGCUCACACAUGACGGCUGUGCUCAAUGGUUGGCUUCACAGUCCUACUCGCAGAUGUCUUACUCCACUCGGCAUGCCUCACUACUUCGGAGAGUCUCUUUUGGCUGAGGUACAGGGCUUCGAGUUGGCGGCAAAAGUGGAAGGGAAGGAGUGGGAAGCAGAGUUCAAGAAGGAGAAGGCGAGAAAAAAGGCGGAGAAGGCUGCGAAGAAGGCACAGAGAAUGGAUGUGGCAGCAGCUAUAACCUCCACCACCAAAGGGGAUUUGUCCAGGGCCGACUUUGGUACUUCUAGUUCCCCGUUCGUGGAUGUUCCACUCAGUCUUUUGUUGAAUAGCGAUGGUCUUCCGGUGCAGUCUGAUGAAUUUUUUAGCCACCUGAAUAUGCAUGUCACCUUGUUCUUGUAUUCGUUGUGUAAGCCAGAGGGAGAGCACAAGGUGCCACAGUCAUGGCAAACCAUGCAUGAUCUGAACCGGACGCCGGUCUGUUACGGUGGAACCCAACUGCCAGAAAAGACAUCGAAAAUUCUCCUGGAUGUGAAUUCUUUGGCCAAGCUCUAA